UGCCACAACCCAAGCGUCCAGUGGUCCUUCAAGAUCUAGCGGUUCGACAUGCAUGCCAUACCCACUGCAGAUACCCAAGAACCACUGACGGGAGACCUCGCUUCCCUCCGUCUCAUACUAGGGGACACUCUCCCUCACAUAUCAUUACAAAUCCUUCUUGCAGAAGCGAAAGGGAAUGUGGGGCAAGCCGUCAACCUCUACUUUGAAAGCCCAACCAAAUACGAUACCAUGGCAGCUGGGGUGAAGCGAAAAGCAGAGUUGGAAACAGGGGAGACUGGGAAUGGACUCGCCAAGCGUCGAAAUAAUGGUACGGUAGGGUUUCCUCGAUUUCUUGGGGAAACUAUUUUGGUUGCGUAUUCGACCCUCAAGGGGCCCAACCACCUACGUGACGGUGACGAGAUGGAUCUCUUGAAUGGUACCAAGACGAUUAGUGUUCCCAAACGCUCUGGGUUGGGAGCUAGGGGCCGGGGACGUGCAAAGAGGGCUUUUACAAUCUCUAGCAAGAGUGACGUCCAUGUUGGGAGUGUGGGUCCUAUUACAAGGUUAAGUGUCCGAGGAAAAGAGUUUGGAAAGAUGCGGAUGGAGGAUGCGCGGUGGUUGGGGAGGUUGGUGGAACUGGGGAUUGUACAGGUGCAAGGAACAAUCGUCUCAUCCCCUCCAACGCUAACCCUCAUGUGCGACAUUAUUCUCCAAAUCCGAAUCUAUCUGACCCAGACAGCCUUUUCCCAAACACAACCCACAAACGAUCAAGAUGUCAAAGACCGUAAAGCCGCCUUGUUAGCCCUCUUUAAACACCUGGGCCUUCGUCCAUCAUCAUCUGAUAAACCCGUUGACGAGACCACCGAAGGCGAGGAAGAUGAGAAAGACUUGGAGGAGGAUCAGGUGGAGGUGCUUUAUGAGAAGGCGAGGGGAUUUGAGAAUGUCGAGGAAGUGGAGCCUGGACCUGGGUUGAAUAUCGAAUUACGGGGAUACCAGAAGCAGGCGCUGUCUUGGAUGAUGGCCAAAGAAAAUCUGACAACAGAUGCUUCUGCGCAUUCUAUCCACCCGCUUUGGGAGGAAUAUACGUUUCCAAAAGUGGAAACAGGUAUAGACGGCGAGGAAAAGUUUUACUUUAACCCUUAUACAGGAGAGUUGACUACAGAGUUUCCGAGCGCGGCGGAUCGAACGCGGGGUGGGAUUUUAGCAGACGAGAUGGGACUAGGCAAAACUCUCGAAACACUCUCCCUCAUCCACACGAACCGGCCCAACUCACGAGACUUGAACCUCGGACCCAGCCUGCACAAACUCUUUUCAUCACCAGCCAGUACUACCCUCCCCAAAUCUCCAAGCACACUCAUCAUCUGCCCCGUCUCCCUCCUCGCUCAAUGGCGUGACGAAAUCACAAACAAGUUUGCGCCAAGGGCCUUGACAUGUGCAGUUUACUACGGUACGGAUCGAUUCCUUACAGUAUCGGAUCUCACGGACGCCAAGCGGGCGCCUGAUGUGAUUAUCACGACAUAUGGUGUCGUCACGCGGGAAUGGGGGGCAGGGAAAAAGAGUGGGUUGGUGUAUGGGGUAGAGUGGUAUCGAGUAGUGCUGGACGAGGCGCAUUUUAUAAAGAAUCGGACGACGGGGAUGGCGAGGAGUUGUUCUGAGGUUGAAGGGCGGAGGAGGUGGGCUGUUACGGGCACACCCAUCCAAAACAAACUUGAGGACCUCUUUUCUCUCAUCCACUUUCUUCGCAUCGACCCAUGGGCCAACAUUUCGUAUUGGCGUCAGUUCAUUACCAUCGCAUUUGCAAACCAGGAUUCCAAAGCCCUUAAUGUGGUCCAAUCAAUUCUGGAACCUUUGGUCCUCCGCCGUCAAAAAUCGACACCAUGGGGUCCAGAAGGCAAACCUCUCGUCUCACUUCCUCCCAAAACCGUCGAAACGGCCUAUUUGGAUUUCACUCAAGAAGAGCGAGAUAUCUAUACUGCGCUCUGGAGUCGGAGCAAGACGCAAUUUAGUGCGUUUGUGGCUUCUGGGACCGUUUUGAGUCAUUGGGCGCAUGUUUUCCAAAUGUUGACGCGGUUACGACAGUGUUGUCUCCAUCCUUCCUUGGCCAUGAAAAACUCGAAUGAGGAGCCAGAAGUGAGUGAAUUGAUUAAAAGGUUCCAAGACGGUGGAAAUGGGGAUGCGUAUGUGACGAAUGUGAUUCAAAAAUUGACGCAAACGGGAUCGGAUGGACAAGAUGAUGAUGAUGAUCAAAGUUGUCCGAUUUGUUUUGAUCUUAUGAUGCAGCCUACCUUGUUUCCUUGUCUUCAUGUCAGUUGUUGGGACUGUAUCGUUGGGUACCUUCAACGACGGGAACAAAAUGGUGAAAAGGGCGAGUGUCCCAUUUGUCGACAAGAGUUUCGGGAAGAGGAUUUAUUGGAUAUUGUACGAGCGCCUACAACAGUAUCAAAAACGACUCUUUUGAAUGCGGAACACAAUAAGGAGAAUAUAGAGUGUUCACCUCCAUGUACACCACCACCCCCCAUCCGUCUCCGCAAACAUUUUCAUUCAUCGACAAAACUCUGUACCCUUAUUAAAGACAUUCAAGAGACUCGCGCCAAGGACGCAAGCAUCAAAACCGUAGUAUUUUCCCAAUUCACUUCCAUGCUUGAUUUAUGCGAAACGGUUUUAACGGAUGCUGGGUUAGGUUUUGUUCGAUUGGAUGGGAGUCUUGUUCAACGGGAUCGGGAAAGGGUUUUGAAAAGGUUUGAUGAGGUUGAGGAUGUUGGGGUGUUGUUGGCUUCGGUUCGGUCCGCGGGGGUGGGACUUAACCUUGUUCGAGCGAGCUUUGUGAUUGUGUUGGAGCCUUGGUGGAAUGCUCCUGUUGAACACCAAACGAUUGAUCGGGUCCAUCGACUUGGGCAGACACGACCUGUUCAUGUGAAGCGGUAUAUUAUUCGCAAUACAGUUGAAGAGCAAAUGUUGCGGAUCCAGGAGAGAAAGAAUGUGCUUUGUCGGGUGGCCAUUGGGGGUAGGGAUGAGGAGGAGAAGGGAAGGAGGGUGGAUGAGUUGAAGGUGCUUUUUGGAUAGAUUUUUUGGGAUUUUUUGGUUGUUGGGGAGAAUGGUCAUCACAUCAUUAUUUAUUAUUAUUGGAUUUCGCAUGGGUUUUCCUGUUUGUGCUAUUGUCCGAAACAAGGACCUUAUGCAAUACG